AUGAGUUCACCCACAGGCUCCGUGCUUAGUACCAGUGCAGAUGACAGUCAGUCAGUUCCUAGUCCUGCGCCAGGCCCUGCACCCAGCCCUGCACUACUGUGUAGGGUAUGUGGGGACAGCAGCAGUGGAAAACACUAUGGCAUCUUUGCUUGUAAUGGCUGCAGUGGAUUCUUCAAGAGAAGUGUUCGCCGGAAACUUAUCUACCGAUGUCAGGCUGGAACAGGAAUGUGCCCAGUAGAUAAAGCACACAGAAAUCAGUGCCAGGCCUGCAGGCUAAAGAAAUGUCUUCAAACGGGCAUGAAUAAAGAUGCAGUCCAGAAUGAGCGCCAGCCUCGCAGCACAGCUCAGAUUCGCUUAGACAGUAUUGACCUGGACACAGAGAGCCAUCACGAACACUUAGCUACAACUCGAGAGCCUCCUCCACCAUGUCCACAAGGAAACCACUUACGUUCCCCUGUUCCAAAUACAGUAUCAGGGACUCUAAGCCCACCCCACAAUCACAGGUUUAUGGCCAGUCUGAUGACAGCAGAAACUUGCGCCAAACUUGAACCAGAAGAAGCUGAUGAGACUAUUGAUGUUACAAGUAAUGAACCAGAACGUACACCUAGUGACUUUCAGAUGUCUGCAUUUAUCACAUCCAGUCCAGAGGGGGUAUAUGAAACAUCUGCUCGGCUUCUCUUUAUGGCAGUGAAAUGGGCCAAGAACCUCCCAGUCUUCUCUAACCUUCCCUUCAGGGAUCAGGUAAUUCUCCUGGAGGAAGCAUGGAGUGAGCUGUUCUUGCUGUGUGCUAUCCAGUGGUCAAUGCCCCUCGAGAGCUGCCCUUUGUUGUCUGUGCCUGACCUCUCUUCCAAUGUCCAUGGGAAAUCUGUCUCCUCCAGUGUGGAUAUUCGAAUCCUUCAAGAAACAAUCAGUCGAUUUAAGUCACUCAGUGUUGAUGCAACAGAAUUUGCUUGCAUGAAGGCAGUGCUCCUCUUUAAGCCAGAGACAAGAGGCCUAAAAGACCCUGAACAAGUAGAAAACUUGCAAGAUCAAUCACAAAUGAUGUUGGCUCAACAUACAAGAAGUCAUUAUCCCACCCAGCCUGUUAGAUUUGGAAAACUGCUUCUCCUUUCUCCAUCUCUACGAUUUCUCUCCUCUGAACGCAUUGAGCUUCUGUUUUUCCAUCGUACUAUUGGGAACACCCCUAUGGAAAAACUUCUCUGUGACAUGUUUAAGAACUGA